UGCAGUUCAGACGAAACCUGCUAGCAGACUCCCGAAUUACACUAAAGGUACAACAGGACAAGCAGGACAGAGCUUUGGUUGUACAUUUUUUCGAUUUAUUUCUUUUUUUUCCGGGAAACAGCUGCAUCUAGAUUCAGGAUGGAAUCUGAGGUGAGGAGUGACGUCAUUCUCUCAGUUUACAUCAUUUCCUUCCUGAUAGGCCUGCCAGCCAACCUCCUGGCUCUCUAUGCCUUCAGUGUUAAGAUCCACUCCAAGCCACUUCCAACAGACAUCCUUCUGCUCAACCUGACCGUCUCUGACCUCCUCUUUUUGAUCACACUACCUCUCAAAAUGCACGACGCAGCUUCAGGCAUGAAAUGGGACCUGCCUGGCUACAUGUGCUCCAUCACCUCCUUCACCUUCUUCUGCACAAUCUACACCAGCUCUUUGCUCCUGACGGCAGUCAGUGUGGUUCGCUACAUUGGAGUAGCUUUCCCUGUUGCCUAUCAUCAGCUGCAGAGACCUGUGUACGCGUUAGUUACCAGUGCUGUUAUUUGGUUGAUCUCAACAGCACACUGCAGCAUUAUUUUGAUCACCAUGCACCACCCAGACCUGGCCCAAAAAAAUUCCACUGCCUGCUAUGAGAACUUUACAGAUAAGCAGUUGAAGGUCCUCCUCCCAGUCCGUUUAGAGGUUUUUUUUGUGCUCUGCCUUAUACCUCUAAUGAUUUGUGUUUACUGCUACCUGCGCUGCAUCUUGAUCUUGUACAGCCGCCCAAGGAUAUCACCAAUGCAGAAGCAAAAGGCCAUCGGAAUGGCCUUAGGGACUCUAGCUGUUUUUCUCAUUUGUGUGCUGCCGUACAACCUCUCACAUUUAGUGGGUUUCGUCAAGGGUGAGAGCCCAAAAUGGAGGUACUACUCCUUGUUGUUUAGCACAUUCAACACCUGCAUUGAUCCCAUCAUCUUCUACUUUUCCUCCUCCUCUUUCCACUGCAAUAGUGAAAAGUCAAUUUUCAGGAAGCGUGCUCCAGGAGUACAACAGCAAGCCACAAGUUCAACCUAAUACCCAAAAUGCAUGUGAAUGUAUUGGAUCUAUGUCCAGCUUCGGUGUUUAUAUUGUACUUAAGUUGCUGCCAUUAUAUCAGAAUGUGCAUUGUUCGACAAAUUGCUUUAAAAGUACAGUUUAUUAGUAAAACAGUGUCUCACAUGUAGAUGUUGCUAACCGCUGUGUAACAGAACUUCAUGUUAAGGGUAAUCUCUUCCUGCUCAAAGUGACUGAGCUGCUUUCCAUCCUAAGUCAUUGUUGGUAAUUUUAUGACAAAACAACAGGACAAGUAUGGUGCAUAUGCAAAUUCCAAAUUAUAUUAUUUCAGUCAUAUCCUUUACACCCACGUGACAUCAUUUCUUGCUCAUUUUAACGUGGGCCAGCCACUCUUCUGCACUCAUGCAUUCUGUAGGCACAAAUGUAGAAUAUACCUGCAAGACAAAACACAGGUCAACUGUAAAGUAAUGUUUAACAACCAGAAAGAGGAAGUGGAAGUACACGUUUCUUGCAUUAUCUGACGCAUACAAUCGUACAGAUGUGUGAGUUUCAUAAGAUAGUGAGCAUUUUCAUUAGUUUGAAGCUGAUGAGACUGUACUGUACUG